AUGUCAAACUCCGCAGGUUUCGAUAGACAUAUCACCAUUUUCUCGCCAGAAGGUAGAUUAUUCCAAGUUGAAUACGCUUUUAAGGCCGUCACCGCCGCCAAUAUCACUGCCCUUGGGAUAACAGGUAAAGACACUGUGGUAUUGAUCUCCCAGAAAAAAGUCCCUGACAAGUUGUUGGAUCCAAAAACUGUGUCGUACUUAUUUAAGAUUUCCAAACAUAUUGGGAUGAUGGCCACCGGAUCCAUUGCCGACUCUCGAUCCCUUGCCACUAGAGCCAGAAGUGAAGCCAAUGACUUCGAGUACAAGUACGGGUACCCAAUUCCUGUCGAUGUGUUAUCCAAGCGUAUGGCCAACCUCGCACAAAUUUAUACCCAAAGAGCCUACAUGAGACCUUCAGGUGCCAUCAUCACCUUUGGAGCCUUUGACGAUGAAAAGGGUCCUUUAUUAUACAAAGUCGACCCAGCAGGUUACUACAUUGGCUCAAAGGCCACUGCUGUUGGCCCAAAACAGGAUGAAGCCACCACCGCAUUAGAAAAGAAAUACAAGAAUAAAGAAUAUUUGAAAGGUGAUACCACAAAGUUGGUAGAAACCGCCAUCAUAACAUUAUCCAACGUGUUGAACUCCGAAUUCAAAAAAGAUGACAUUGAAAUCGGGGUGGCCACCGAUGGCAACUUUACUAUUUUGACCAGCGAUGAAAUUGAAGAAAGAUUAAUUGCUAUUGCUGAACAAGACUAA